UAAUUAUUUCAAAACCAUAUGCUUAGCGUGAAAAGAAGAUUUUGCAUAUACUUACCUAAUAAUUUUUAACAUAUGAUUUAAUUCAUGAAUUCGAACCUAAUUUCUUUCAUGAAUCUGAGCCUUACACGUUUGUCCAAAACAACUCCUUGGAUUUUCGUUCCCAACAAGAAUUGGUGCUGUUAUCUAGUGCAACAAUGGGCUGGAGGAGGAAGCAAAUCUAGGAUUCCUGUGUAAUAUCUUGUGCAACAAUGGAGUUGAGGAGUGCCUUGUGUACAGUGGUUUUUCUGUUAUGGAUGAAAAACUUCCCAACAAGAACAGAUGGUGCUCUGGCACAGGUCUGCAACGCUAACAGAUACUCUAAUGGAAGCGAAUUCGAGGUGAAUGUGAAGAGGGUUUUGGCCCAUCUUGAAAGAAGUGCGAGUGAAAGCUGGUUGGAGGCAGUUUCAGCAGGGGAAAAUGGGAGUCCGAACCAGGUGUUUGGUCUGUUUCAGUGCAGGGGCGAUGUAUCAAGAAAAGAUUGCCAGAGCUGUGCGCAUGAAGCUGUGGUGGAGGCCUAUAAAACAUGCCCAGGAGCCACAGGAGCCCUUGUGUGGUUAGAACUCUGCUUCUUGCGCUAUCAAGAUUCCAACUUUACCUCUGACGUGAAAUCUCAGGACAUUGUGGGCUCUGUCUGUAAUAAUGUGGCUGUGCCCAACCUUGGAGGCGGUUACACGCUUGCUAUUCGAGCUCUCAUGAAGAAUCUGGCUCUUAAGGCUUCUCUUCCUGGUAACAGGGGUUUUGCCUCUGGACAGAGCGUUGAUUCUUCAGGGGACACCAUUUUUGGACUUGUCCAGUGCUUACAAUUGCCCUUUGUCAACUGUUCUCAAUGUGUAUCAGAUGCCAUUGAAGGAAUGCCUGAGAACUGUUUGAGUGACAGUGGAGGACAGAUCUUGGUUGGUAGUUGCCAUAUUCGUUUUGGUAAAGAUAAGUUUUUCAGUUCCCCUGUUCCAUUGUCAUCUCAGCAAACAACUUCAUUUCACCAGCCUUCCACUUCCAUUUCUAACACACAUGAAAAAUCAAAAAACAAACUACCCAUUAAGCUGAUAAUAACCAUGGCGGUUUUGGGAGGACUGUUUUUGAUAUUGGUUUACUGCUUGAUCAAGUUAAGCCCAGUUAGCAGAAGGGGUGAAGUGGCACUAUUCAAAUCCAUGAGGCAUGAUCAAGAGGCACAAGAAGACAACUCAGAGGAAGCACUUUCUCAACAGGAACAGAUUAUUUUCGAGUUUAAGACACUGAAACUUGCCACCAAAAAUUUUCAUGAUGACAACAAGGUUGGAGAGGGUGGAUUUGGUCCCGUUUAUAAGGGUAUUCUGCUGGAUGGAAGGCAAAUAGCAGUGAAGAAACUAUCCUUGAAUUCCAAGCAAGGGAAAAAUGAGUUCUUGAACGAAGUCAAAAUUGUGGCCAAAAUUCAACACAGAAAUCUUGUGAAACUAUUGGGCUGUUGUACUUUCAGAACAGAAAAGCUGCUGGUUUAUGAAUACAUGCCAAAUAACAGCUUAGAAAAGAUGCUAUUCGAUGCAAAGAAACGCCAGAUGCUGGAUUGGAGUAAGCGUUACAAUAUCAUAAUUGGUGUAGCCAGGGGACUUCUGUACCUUCACGAGGACUCUCAACCUCGCAUCAUCCAUCGAGAUAUCAAGGCCAGCAAUAUUUUGCUCGACGAAAAUCUCAAUCCCAAAAUCUCAGACUUUGGAAUGGCCAGGCUUGUGGGAGAAAACACCACUCAGAUUAACGCAAGAAUUGCAGGAACUUAUGGAUAUAUGGCUCCAGAGUACGCUCUGCGGGGUGAACUAUCAAUAAAGGUCGAUAUCUUCAGCUUUGGGGUUUUACUGCUAGAAAUUCUGAGCGGGAGAAAGAACACAGACAUCAGUUUGCCCUCAAACAUGCAAAUUCUUUUACAUUGGGCAUGGGGGCUGUACAUAAGAGGAAAAGGAAUAGAUAUAAUGGAUCCAAUGCUUGGAGAAGUAGGGCAAGGGGAGUUGGAGAGAUGCAUUCACAUUGGGCUGCUGUGUGCACAGGCGGAUGAGACAGCGCGCCCGUCAAUGUCCUCUGUUUUUCUGAUGCUUUCGUCGGACUCUAUUGCCUUACCUCUUCCCACCAUACCCGGAUUCGUGCAUGUUGCUCAGUCUGUAGGAAAUUCCACCAUUUUUCCAAGAGACAAAGACGCUGAUUUGUCCAGGAUAUCGAUAGCAUCCAAUUCUUCUUCGCACAGCCCUUUGGUUGUUUAUUCCAGAAACGAUAUUUCCAUCACUCUGAUUGAAGGCAGAUAAAAUCAACUUCUUUACAGAAUGCUUUGCGCUUCCUUUUUGACAAUGAAUUGAAUGUAGAAUAUUUUUGUUGUAAAUGUAAUCCUAGGUAACAGCCUGAAUGGAAAAUGAUCUGCUGGCUGUUUAGUAUGAAGUGUUCAGAAUUUCAUCUACUAUUGUACUAUAGAUAUACCUUUUGCCAGUUCUUUGUGCCUGCAAUUGUUUACAAAUAAACAAAGAAACAUGCCCACACCAUUGCUUGUUGCAGUUGAACUUCUGUGAUUUAUCAUUAUCUGUGAUACCCAUAAAAAAAAUCAAAAAAUAGGAUCUUGGUUCAAGGGAAUAGAAUAAUGGCGGUUCCAAUGAAGCUCUGGUUUCAGCCUGAAGUUUUUCCUUCUCAUAUUUUGUGCCUUGGUGGCAUUUUUACAGUGUCAUAUUGAUUUUAUGGAUUCUUUGGGCAUGGAUAUUCAUUGGCCGGUUUUUAUCUAAAUUUUUUCUGGUUUCAUCCUGAAGUUUUUCCA